AUGAGUCACUUGGAUCCGGAUAAAAUCACACCGGCUCGUUUUCGCUGGCGAACAAUAUGCUUCCAAGAUGUAGCUCGAGCGACCCUAUUCAUCUUAUUAGCACUGUCUCAGCUCUCAUUUCUUUUUUAUUUCUUCUUACUUGGAGAAGAGCCCCAUAUCCUAGCACAGUUCAGUCUAGUUGGUUUGGCUGCAUAUCUUCACGCUCUUAUUUUCUUGGCCAUUGCCGAGUUAACUUACUGGGUUGCUAAAGCUUUGUACAAACUCGACUAUUUCAAAUCUCAGUGCAGGUAUGUGAUCAAUGGUCGUCAUCUCUACACUUACUUGUCCUUAUUUUGUGCAGCAUUAUUCAUUUUGGGUGGUCUCUACGUUACGUUUUCCGAUCCGGUAUACACCCGAGUGACGGUUCCUAUUAGGAAUUUACACAAUGGCGACGUAAAAGUGGCACUGCUCAGUGAUCUUCACAUUGGCCCGACCGUUGGACAGAAGAGGAUGAGCAGGAUCGCGGAAUUGACGAAUGACCUGGAUCCCGAUAUCGUGGCGAUAUCUGGAGAUCUCGCUGACGGCUUUGUUAGGGACUUUGAGGGUGCUGCUAGCCCUCUGUGCAAGUUGAAACCUAAAUACGGGGUGUAUUUUGCUACAGGUAACCAUGAGUAUAUGCACGGAAACGUUGAAGAAUGGUUUGCUUACUUGGAGGGAUGUAACGUGACUGUGCUUCACAACUCUCAGAAACGGAUUGUACUACCGAACGGUGAUAAAAUAUGCGUUGCUGGUGCUGAUGAUCUUUAUGCAGCCAAAGCUCAUUUUCCUGGACAUGGUAUGGAUGCGAAGAAGGCUAUUGUCGGUUGCCAGCCCGGCGAUGCGGUUAUUAUGCUUGCUCAUCAGCCGAAUGCAGCUCGUGUAAUGCUUGAUGAUAGAAUCGUUAGUAAAAGGGUCGACCUCAUUUUAUCAGGUCAUACUCAUGGAGGUCAGAUGUAUCUAUUUGUCCCAAUAAUCUACCUUGUUAAUGCGUUCGCCAGAGGUCUCUACUACAAUGAACCAACGGGAGUAUAUGUGUAUGUCUCAGCCGGUGUCAACUAUUUUGGUCCCCCCAUAAAGAUGUUUGGUGCCUGUGAAAUCAUUGAUAUCACUCUGAAACCAUCACCGGAAAUCCUAGCAGGAGUUGAAGAUUGUAGAUCUAUCCAGUGUGUGCAUUGA